UAAGGAAGUCUCAUUAAUGAGUCUCAAUGGAAGGCAGUGUUUACAGUCUCUUCUCACUCAUCUGCAAGCUUGAGGCCACACAGUCUGGGAGGCAUUCCUUUCUGACUCCCACAACAUCAUUUAAAGAUGCUACCACCGUGGCCUUGCCGUGGUCCCUUCAUGCACCUCUGAUUUCCCAUCAUCCACUGCCUGUAACAUCAAAGCUCUCCAUUUCCACGCCAUAACCAGACUCUGGCCAUCAGGCUGGUGGAGGGUGUGGAGAGUGGAGACAAAGUGGGAGAACAGACAGUGACUGUGAGAGGCACCUUCAGUCCUUGCAGACAAGCAGACACCCUCAUCUGCAAACGGAAUCACCACAUUCACUUCUCUAGACAGGUAGAGGUCUUUGACACCACAGCUGCCUUGUGAAACAGGAGAGCUUUGUGAUGCAGUCUGGUGGCCUGGUUCCGUUGUCUGUGAGGCGGAGACAACAAAGUGUAGCAUUGGAAGUCACUAGGCGCCAGGACUCUGAAUGCCUACAUAUAGGGAUGGUUGGUCUCCUUGUGCUAAUGAGGUUUAGAUCAUGUUGAGCCCGACUUUUGUUCUGUGGGAUUUGGGGUUUCCCUUAUAUACCUAUGGCUCCAUCUUCAUUAUUAUCCUAAUUGUCUGGCAAGUGAAAAAGCGUUACCAUGGAUUAACAUCGGAACAUCAAAGGAGCUGCUGCCAGCGUCACCGAAAAGUCAGACAAAGGGCUAGAGAUGCAGCAUCAAGAGCUAGGAGAUUUUCCCGGGAAGAAGCUGAGAAGCCGUGGGAGCUGCUCUCUGUCAUGAGAAGCCAGGGCUGGCUUCCUCAGGAGGGAAGCGUGCGGCAGAUCCUGUGUGCAGAUCCCUGCUGCGAAACCUGCAACGCUGUGGCUCUGGAGAUUCAGCAGCUGGUGGUGGGUGAGAACACUCUGAUCUCCCCCACUUCAGGGGGGCCAUCGCAGGGCUCCUCUUGCCUAGAGGUUUUGUCCACGUCUAAAGUGUCUUUUGAACAGAGUCUGGAGCAUGGCCCACACUCCAAAGACCUUUCACUUCCAUCUGCAACCCUCACAGUGUCACAGAAAUCCUUAACCCAGUCAGCUGCCCAGUCAACUGGUGCAGCCAGCAUCCAUGAUUUCUGGGCUGAAUACCUCAUGCUAAGGCAGGGAUUUCAAGUGCCAGAGGUGCCCAGGGGCCCAGAGACUAUGUUUUCUUCAAGGAUUGAGGAACCUGGGGUUUCAGUAAAGCUGCAGGAGAUGAUGCAGAGCAACCUCAACCUUGUCUGUGGGAACCAAGGCCAUCAGCCCUUAAAUUCCCAGGUGUCUCUGCUGACUCUGAACCGAGCAGUUACUACCCUGACACAUCCUGUGGCCUUGCAGAUGGUCACUGUCCUCCCUGCCCACCUGCCAUUCCUGAGUCCUGAAGUCCUGAGGCGGCUUGAGCUACAUGUAAAAAAAUGGAUGCAUUUCCAGAGGUGGGGGCUCCCCAGACGUGUGGAAGAGUCUCUGAGGCAGCUUAUGCCAAAUCCACCAUUAUUUUACCAACCUGUAUAUAAGCAACCAGUUUCUUUCAUUCAGAAUGAUACUUCUCAGUUCUCUGUUGAGAGAUUUGGGACCAUUUCAUACCAGAACUUGGGUCCAUGUAUGGCUGGCCAGCCUACCCAGGCCUUCUGGGUUUCUGAAUGGUCCAUCAUGGACCCAGAACAAAUACACUGCUACCAGCAAAUCCCAAACCAUAUGGCUCUUGCCUUGCCCUCUUCAGCCCUUAAAGAAUUAAGUGGCCUUUAUCUAAUGCCUGGGCAGCAGGCUAAUGACUCAGUGGGCCAUGUGCAGCCAAAAUAUAGCCAGCUAUUCUGUGGUCUUCCUUCUCUGCACAGUGAGUCCCUGGUUGACGCCUUCUUGGGUUCUCAAGGCCUCUCCAUGAAUGAGAGCAUGUCCAAGCCCCGCUUGAGGGAUCCUUUUCUCUUCAAGGAACUCUCCUUCCUCCCUCUGCUGCCUAAAGCUCCACCCCAGUCAGCUCCACCCCCUUUUCUGUCUUCUCAAAAUUGGGUUACUCCAUCUGACAACCAACAAGCUCAGAUCAGUGUCCCAUUUCUGACCCUGGAUGAGUAUGAAGCCUUGGAGUGGCACCUGCUGCAGAGGCAGCUCCAGCUUCAGUGGGACUGGCCAGAUGUUUCCCAGAGAGAUCAACACACCCAGAGCCCUGUGCAGUAUAAGCCCUGUGACAAAGCCCAGUCUUCUGAGACUGUGAAAACUUCCUGGCCAGGGCAUCCCAUCUCAGUCCUCACACGAGAACUACUCUUCCCACAGCAGCAUGCCAGGAGACAGCUGGAAUUCCGCCACCAGAGACAGUUGAUUCACCACUGCUGGGGCCUGCUGCAGAAGAUCCAACAGUCCAUUCAAUUGCUCCUGUCCCCCACUAAUCAGCAGACUGUGUCCCGGAGCAGCACAUCCCUAGACAGUGUGAAUGGCCCCUGGCCUCCAUCUCUAGAGGCCGCUGGGGCUGAUGACCCACUCUCACCCAUUGUGGACCCAGUGACAGUCCCCAUGCCACACUUGUUUGACCAGGCCAAGGCAAUAUUGCAGAGCCAUAUCGACUCCAAAUGUGGGCAGAUUCACCAGGGCAAUGUCCCUGCCUGUGUAUAUAGCUCUUGGGAGUGCAUAAUUCCUGGGGGCCUGGAAGUGGCUCCCUUCACCUGCAUCCCAGAAAGCAAGCCCCUGGAACUACAGGCAGCAAGUGUCCCGGACCUACAACAGAAAAUUAUACCCUGGAUGCCGACGGCCCUUGAUCAACAGCAACAAACCUCACCAGAUGCUGUCAUUGAACAUCCUAAGCUGCCCCGAGCCCUGUCCGAGGGAGCCAUUGAGAAACUGGAGACAACUUUACGGCACAAGUAUCUGGCCUUCUUGUCAGGGCUGCCGGCUCUUUAUUAUGUGGCUCUCUCUAGGGUCAUGGCCCCAGCAAUCACUUCCCAAGCUAUGAUCACAGAGAUGGUACCUGGGCCUAUCGAAUUCCCAACAGAACCUCUGACUCAGAUGACCUCACCUGAAGAGCAGGGUCUAAGUCCUGGGUCAGUCUUUCAAGAUGCCAACAAGGCUUGUGCAGACAUUGCAGAUGAAUUCCAGGCUGAAGUGCAGGUGGAAGAAGUAAUUGAGAUGGUGCCUCUAGAAAGUCAGACAGAGCCUGCGAGGCCCUCCUCACUUGGAGAACAAAAAUUGGCCAAACUAAAUUUCCAUCUGAGAAAGAAGAUGCUAGAGAUACAACUGGGAAUUCCCAUAACGGCAAGGAAGUCCAGGAAACAAAGUGUAGCAGCCUCCGAGAACAUAUGCACACAGGAGUCUCUUGGGAGUCUAAACAACCAAGGAAACACACUGCUUCAGGAACUCCGUAUCCCACGAGAUAUGCCACAUGCCCCAGAUCCAGAAUGCCUCUAUUCCAAAGAACAGCUGGCCACUGAGUUGAAGGCAGUGUAUCAGAAACAGAAGCAACCCAGUUCCAGUGCAGUAUCCCACGGUUCUGUCCACUGGGCCUCCAAUAUCUCGCAACCCAGUGGGGACCUGACAGAGGCCCAGGUGCUUUGUGGUCAGCUGGAGGCCAGUGUGAACAACCACAACCUGAAGGAGCCCUGGAGCCCUGAGCCCCAAAGCCCUGACAAGAGCAAGGACUCAGCCCAAGUACCCACACUGGCAGAAAAGAGAGAGGAGCCAGGCAAACCCAAAUCGGCCGGGGACCACAGAGAAGGGGAUGCCGGGUUUGCAGUCUCCUCCACAAGAGAGAAAAGCCACUCUGCUGAAGCCCAGAGGCCAGAAGGGAUGCUUCUGAAUGGAACACCCUGCAGCCCCUGGAGACGGAGACAUCGCUUUCACCCUGAUGCUCCCUGUCAACACAGUCCGCAGCAUCGCCCUCAGCUUAAACCCCCAGAGCUACCUCCUGGAGUCCCUGGGGGGAAAGACUCUGAGAAGAAUGACCUGCAAGAGAGUCAAGCCAAGCUCAAUGUCAUCCUCAAACCAGCAAGGGUUCCUGAGAAUGCCCAGCCUGUGGUGCCCCAGGUGUCACAGGGCCAGCCUUUCCUAGGCCAGCUCACUCCGGGUAAGCCGUUGCAGGGCCAAACUUUACAAGGUCAGGUUUUUCAGGGGCAGGUGAUGCAAGGCCGUACUCACAAGAGGCCCAGCUUUCCAGAAUCUGGCUGGAGAAAUAAGAUGAAAUCUUUUCUGCACUUUAUUAACCCCAAGACAAAAGGCAAAGGGCAUGAGGAAUCCAUGUCCUCCACAUCUGAGAAAGUGGCCAACACCAGAAAAGAAAAUGUGGGAAAGAGCCUGGCUUCAGCCAAAAGUCCCAAGGGGCAAACUAAGACGGAGAAGACAAGAGGGGACCCUAAGGCCCAAUUUGCGCCCACUGGGAAGCAGAUGGGCUUGGCGUUCUUGGAUGUGCCCCGCUCCCCAGACAGUAAGCUCCGGCACCGCCCCCGCUCCCAUCAACUCCACUCUGCCUCAGUCCCGGGCAUCCCCUGCCGCCGCCCUCGGCACUGUCCUUGAGUGGCUUGUGUCACCCAACCAGGGAACCCACCCUAAUUCCCAACUCUCACCUCGGAGGGAAGCACUGGUCUGCUCAAGAAGACCCAGCUCAGUCAAGAGACUUUGUAGUCUCUCCAACGUCAGCAUUCCUUGAAGAGGACUGCUACUGUCAUUUUCAUUAUACAAAAAUACACUGUAUAUCUCUAAGUAGAGUGGUGUGCGUCUGCUCCUUCUCUCCACUGCGGUGUGUUCAGGGA